UUCCGAACGAUUUGGCAACAUUGAUUCGCAAGCACACCGACAUUUUUCCAGACGACCUACCGGCGGGUUUGCCCCCGGAGCGAGACCACGACCACACAAUCGAGUUGGAGCCGAGUGCGCAACCGACUAUUCGGACUCAAUGGAGGCUGACUGAGCCAGAGCUCGAUGAACUUCGACACCAGCUGGACUACCUAGUCGAGAAAGGUUUCGUUCGCCCCAGCACUUCACCGUUCGCAGCUCCGAUCCUGUUCACCCCGAAGAAAGAUGGCGGUCUACGAAUGUGCAUCGACUACCGCGCCUUGAAUCGAGUUACCAUCAAGUCCCGCUAUCCUAUCCCACGUGCCGACGAACUCAUCGACCAACUUCGUGGAGCCAAGUUCUUUUCGAAAAUUGACCUGCGAGGCGGUUACCAUCAAAUCCGCGUGCACGAAGUUGACUGCUUUAAGACAGCGUUCCGAACCCGGUACGGGAGUUAUGAGUACACGGUUAUGCCUUUUGGCUUAACAAAUGCGCCUUUGAUGUUCCAGUUAACAAUGAACGAAUGCAAGUUUCUGAAACAAGAACUGGAGUUUUUGGAACACGUUAUUUCCGUGGAUGGAGUUAAAAUCGACCCUAAGAAGAUCGCGACCAUACAAGACUGGACGCCGCCAACUAAUCUCCGCGAACUUCAAAGUUUCCUGGGGUUUGUGAAUUACGUUCGCCGGUACAUUCCGAACAUGGCGGGGGUAACUUCCCCUCUCACGGAUCUCCGGAAGAAAGGCAAGUUUUAUGAGUGGGGGGGAGAGCAGCAGGCAAGUUUUAUGAGUGGGGGGAGAGCUGCGUUCGAACAGCUCAAACUUUUCCUGACUACACCUCCAGUUCUUCGAAUUGCAGAUCCUCAUCGUCCGUUCGAGCUCAUCACCGACGCUAGCGACCUGGCUGUUGGCACAGUACUGUUACAAGACUUCGGCGAAGGACUUCAACCCAUCGCCUAUGAGUUUCGAAAGCUGAAUCCGGCCGAGCGAGAUCAUCCUGUCCACGAAAAGGAGUUACUCGCCAUCGUGCACGCUUUCAAGGUCUGGCGCUGCUACCUGACGGGCGCUGACGUGACAAUUCGCUGGCUCGAUUACCUCGAAUUACUGCAGCCACUCGAGCCACCCAGCCGACCCUGGCAACAAGUGACAAUGGAUUUCGUCACUGGCCUGCCCGCUGGUUCAAGCGGUAACGACGCGAUUCUCGUCGUUGUUGACCGGUUGACCAAGAUGGCCCACUUCGCCGCCUCCAAGACGACAAUCACUGCCGAGCAGACAGCGAAACCGUUCCUCACGAACAUCGUGCGGCUACACGGUAUUCCUUCGGUAAUCGUCAGCGAUCGCGACCCACGGUUCACGUCCAACUUCUGGACAAAAACCUGGCAGCAGUACGGCACACGUUUGCAUCUGUCCACGACGUACCACCCACAAUCGGACGGCCAGACUGAACGUACAAAUCAGACGAUCGAGCAGCUGAUUCGCACAACGUGCACAGACUCGGCCCAAUGGGAAGACUCCCUUCCCUUGAUCGAGUUUGCGUACAACAACGCCCCAUCAACCACGACUACUCAGUCCCCGUUCUUCCUUAAUUACGGGAUAGACUCGACAACCCCUCUAUCGCCACCGAUAGAAAAUCCGGCACCAAGGUCGCAGCAGUUCGUCGAAAAUCUCUGACAAUCCCAGCAACAAGCCGCCGAUGCCAUCCUAAAAG